GUGAAGCGGAAACCAGUCUCGUGAUGAGUUCGAAGUCCAAAUGAAAAAAAAGAGUCGAGACACGGACAAACGGAAGCCGUGUUGUUACUCAUCCAGUAGCACCGUGGGACAAAGGUUGGCAGCGGCUCGAUUCACUGCAGCAGCGGGACUUUAGGUGUCGAUAUGUGGGCGCGCUUGUUAGCGGGGGCUUCGGGAGUCAGGCUGGGGCCUCGUGGUGCUGGUUGCGGAAGUAGGGACCUGCAGCGAAGACAUGCUUCGUCCACUGGAGAGGCCACGCUGAAGACCACGGCCCUCUUUGACUUCCACAGGGCUCACGGCGGCAAGAUGGUGGAGUUCGCGGGCUGGAGCAUGCCAGUGCAGUACAAAGACAGUCACGUCAGCUCGCACACGCACACCCGAGAGCACUGCUCCAUCUUUGACGUCAGCCACAUGCUGCAGACCAAAGUCCACGGCAAGGACCGGAUCAAGUUCAUGGAGUCUCUGGUGGUGGCGGACGUUUGGGAACUUAAAGACAACCAGGGUACGCUGUCCCUCUUCACCAAUGACAAGGGCGGCAUCAUUGACGACCUGAUCGUGACCAAGACGGACCAGGACUACCUCUACGUGGUCUCAAACGCCGGCUGUGCGGACAAAGACUCCGCUCAUAUGAAGGCCAGACUUUCAGAGUUGAAGGCGUCAGGCUGUGAUGUUGAUCUGGAGUUCCUGGAUGAAGCCUUGAUCGCUCUGCAAGGGCCGUCCAUGUGUCGGGUGCUGCAGGAGGGCGUGAAGGAGGACCUGGCCAAGCUGACCUUUAUGACGUCCGCCUUGGCCACCAUCUUUGGUGUCCCCGGCUGCAGGGUGACCAGGUGUGGAUACACAGGAGAGGACGGCGUGGAGAUCUCCGUUCCUCAGUCCAGAGUGGUGGAGCUGACCGAGAGGCUGCUGGCCCACAGCGAAGUCAAACUGGCCGGCCUGGGUGCCCGGGACAGCCUGCGACUGGAGGCGGGGCUUUGUCUCUACGGCAACGACAUCGACGAGACCACCACGCCCGUGGAGGCCGCCCUCCUUUGGACGAUAGGAAAGAGACGGCGUCAGACGGGAGGCUUCCCCGGCGCCGACGUCAUCGUGCCUCAGAUCAAAGCCAAGACCGCCCGGAAGAGGGUGGGCCUGGUGUCCACGGGGCCCCCCGUCAGACAACACACACCCAUACUGAGCCCUGAUGGAAAGGUCAUAGGCGAGGUGACCAGCGGCUGCCCCUCACCCUGCCUGAAAAAAAACAUCGCCAUGGGUUACGUGGACGCCGCCUUUGCCAAGAACGGCACAGCGAUCCAGGUUGAGGUCCGAAGGAAAGUCGUGCCCGCUGUGGUCUCCAAGAUGCCCUUUGUGCCCACCAACUACUACUCUGCAUAGGAGGCACCUUCAUGUGGUAAAUGAUAUGAUGAACAUGCCCGGGGGGCUACAUUGCAUUUUUAGGUAUAGACCGGUGCUUCUCAAACUUUUUGAAACAAGUACCACCUCAGAGAACACUUAAAAUUCAAAAUACAGUCGUGUAGUAGGCCAAAGUAUUCAUUAAAAACAAGUAUAUUUUGUCCACAGUAACGUUACACAGUUUGAACAGUAACACUGUUUGAAUAUAGGAAAAUAAAACACUGUGUAUACUUUAAUCAAGUGAUUUGGCGUACCACUAGAGUUACACGUACCACAGUUAGAGAAUCUUUGGUGUACUAUUAAAAAUCUUUCUUAUUUACUAACUAGAAGCUAGAGGAUGUGGUUCUGACCUUCUCAAGUGCCUUUCUCUUUUCCAAACAAACAAAAUCUAGAGAUCGACAGAUUGUCGGCACCGUUAUUUGGCAUUUUGACAUAUUGAUAUCAGCUUUGUUUUUAAUAAACAUAGAGACACACACACACAUUUGUGUCUGUGUGUGUGUGUGUAUAUAUAAUGUACCGGUAUACACAUAUACAGUCGUCAAAAGUUUACAUACACUUGUAAAGAACAUAAUGUCUUGGGUUUCCAAUCAUUUCUACAACUCUUAUUUUUUUGUGAUUGAGUGAUUGGAGCACAUACUUGUUGGUCACGAAAAAUAUUAAUGAAGUUUGGUUCUUUUAUUGGCUUCUUUUUGUAGAAAAGUUACAAUCAAAUCAAAUGAGCUUCAUGGCAUGGCCUCUUAACUUCAUGUGAGUGAUUAUGAUUGACGACACAUGUUGACUUCUCUGAGCCCAUUUAAAUAGGGCUCAUGUGAUGCAGUCAUUAGACUCGGUUACAAACGCGACAAUGGGAAUGUCAAAGGAACUCAGCACAGAUCUGAAAAAACAAAUCAUUGACUUGAACAAGUCAGGAAAGUCACUUGGAGACAUUUCAAAGCAGCUUAAGUUCCCAAGCAACUGUGCAGACAAUUGUUCGGUUUUCUCACUGCCAAGAUCAGGAAGAAAACGCAAGCUAUCACCUGCUGCUGAGAGAAAAUUGGUCAGAAUGAUCAAGAGUCAACCGAGAACCACCAAAAAGCAGGUCUGCAAUGAAUUGGAAGCUGCUGGAACACAGGUGUCAGUGUCUACAGUCAAGCGUGUUUUGCAUCGCCAUGGACUAAGAGGCUACCAUGCAAGAAGGAAGCCCUUGCUCCAGAAGCCACACAUUAAUGCUCGUCUAAAGUUUGCUGUUGAUCACAUGGACAAAGAUAAGACCUUCUGGAGGAAAGUUCUGUGGUCAGAUGAAACAACAAUUGAGCUGUUUGGCCACAAUACCCAGCAAUAUGUUUGGAGGAGAAAAGGUGAGGUCUUUAAAUCCCAGGAACACCAUUCCUGCCGUCAAGCAUGGUGGUGGUCGUAUUAUGCCAUAGGCCUGUUUUGCUGCCAAUGGAACUGGUGCUUUACAGAGAGUAAAUGGGACAAUGAAAAAGAAGGAUUACCUCUAAAUUCUUCAGGACAACCUGAAAUCAUCAGCCCGGAGGUUGGGUCUUGGGCGCAGUUCGGUGUUCCAACAGGACAAUGACCCCAAACACACGUCAAAAGUGGUAAAGGAAUGGCUAAAUCAGACUAGAAUGAAGGUUUUAGAAUGUCCUUCCCAAAGUCCUGACUUCAACCCCAGUGAGAGCAUGUGGACAAUGCUGAAGAAACAAGUCUAUGUCAGAAAACCAACAAAUUUAGCUGAACUGCACCAAUUUUGUCAAGAGGAGUGGUCAAAAAUUCAAGCAGAAGCUUGUGGAUGGCUACCAAAAGCGCCUUAUUGUAGUGAAACUUGCCAAGGGACAUGUAAUCAAAUAUUAACAUUGCUGUAUGUAUACUUUUGAACAAGCAGAUUUGGUCACAUUUUCAGUAGAUCCAUAAUAAAUUCAUAAAAGAAGCAAACUUCAUGACUGUUUUUUGUGACCAACAAGUAUGUGCUCCAAUCACUCUAUCACAAAAAAAUAAGAGUUGUAGAAAGUAUUGUAAACUCAAGACAGCCAUGACAUUAUGUUCUUUACAAGUGUAUGUAAACGUUUGACCAUAUCACACAAAUAUUUAUAUACAUACAUAUGUGUGUUUGCAGUAUUUCAGAGUGCAAAUAAAUGAAUAUCGGCUCCAAAUAUUGGUUAUCGGCCUCCUUGACUACUAAUAAUCAGUAUUGUAUCGACCUUGAAAAACACACACAGUAUCGGUCAGUCUCUAACAACAUCCCUAGCAGGUGCUGAAACUACCACUGUUGGACCAAAAACAGUGUUGGUACACAGUCACUUAACUACAUGACACUGUUGUUGUCGUAUAGCAAACAUGUUUGUUGUCCUCACUUGCCCUUGAUAUGUGAAUCUUGACUUGAAUUUACUUGAAAAUGUAGUAUUUUGUAUUUCACCUUCAAAUACUUGAUGAAAUAUGAUUCCAUUUGUAUUAUACUCUCUAUUUCUUAUGUUUGUUUUCCUAUAUUUUUUGUUAGAACAUUAAAAAGACCAAAGUGUGAACAUGUGCUGUGAUUUUCAAUCUCAGUAAACCCUUUCGUUAUAGUUAGGAGAAAACUGCACAUGAUUAGCUCUGCUACUGAACAGUCCAGUAAACAUAACUUGUGGUUUUAAGAGGAGUAACAACAUUUUUCAGGUGCAUGCAGAGGUAGAUAUGUAUACCCAGACCAGACAUGUGACCGUUGCGAAUGAAUCGAGUCUUUUGAUGAGCGGCUCUUUUAAGUGAACAAUGACAACCGAUUGUGAGCCGUUUGUUUUGCACAUGCAAAUUUAGCGUCGGCAAUUGCCCACUCUUAAUGUGCUAACACCCGACUGGCAACUGGACGAGAAAAUGAGUUAGAGGAAACUUAGCACUU